GACCUUAAACCAAUUAGACAAAUGGUAGACCAACCAACGUCGGUAACAGUUUGAUAACAAUGGAUGAUUUCUGUGAUUUAUUUCGGUGUAUCAGGUCCUUUUUGGAUUAAACACAUUUAAAAGUGCUUCAUUCUUGUAUACAUUAAAUUAUGUUGACCUUAAAACCUUGGAUUUAUAAUUUUCGAACCUUUGAACAUGCUGUCAUUAUUGAAACAAGAAACAAGAAUCUUGUAGGGAAAAUAAGUGGGUGGGGAAAGUUUUGAAUCGUGCUUGUGUAUUGUUGAAUUUGUUAUCGAAUAAAGAAUAUUUACUUCAUCAGAAUAUCGGAUUAACCAUCAAACAGUAUGGAUGGGAACAUUGACAAGGAUAUUGGGGCAUUCGGUGCCCUAUUUCUCAACAUUAUUUCAGAAAUGAGGGGCAGUACCCCUAUCUGGGAAGACUUCACUUCCAAGGCCUCCAAACUUCACACAUCACUCAAGGGAACAUUGACGGCCAUUGCCGCAUUUCUCGAUGCCUUCCAGAAGGUGGCCGACAUGGCAACAAGCUCCAGAGGAGCCACAAAGGAGCUGGGAACCGCCAUGACCAGACUGUGUAUGAGACACAAGGCCAUCGAGAGCAAGCUGAAAAAGUUCACAGGAACGAUAGUGGAUCACCUGGUGAGCCCCCUACAAGAGUGUAUGGAGGACUGGAAGAAGAGUGUGAUACAGCUGGACAAGGAACACACCAAAGAUUAUAAACGAGCCAAACAGGAUAUCAAGAAAUGUGCAGCGGAUACUGUGAGAUUGCAGAAAAAGGUUAAAAAAGCUGCCAAUGGAACGAACCCCACCUCACCUCUCUGGUUUGAUGAAGGCAAAGCAGACAUGCAGAGCCGGUUGGACAGUGCAAUGCAGGAUGUGAAUGACAAGUAUCUGCUGCUGGAAGAGCAGGAGAAGAAUUCCCUGAGGAACGCCCUCAUAGAGGAGCGCAGCAGAUUCUGCCUCUUUGUCUCCUGUCUUAAACCUUUUGUGGAUGAGGAGAUCAGCCUUCUGACGGAGGUCACGCACCUACAGGAGAUCAUGGAGAGCCUGUGUUUGCAGGCAGACAGCCCAGCCACCCUCCCUCCAGCCUCAGAACAGGUCAUCCGUGACCUCAAGGGCACUGACUCUACCACUACAUUCACUCUACAGACACCUCCGAGUUCCCCAAGCUCGUUAGGUUCGAGAAAGUCGAGCAUGUGCAGCAUUAACAGCAUCGCAAGUUCAAGUUCCGGGUCUGCACAGUCUCACAGUCCCUGCCAUAACAAAAACUUACAACAGCUCCACGGGCAGUUACUGGGCUCUGGGGUUCGUCUGACAAGUGUCUCGUCACAGGAUUCUGGGUUUACAUCACAAGACACGCUCUUCCUGCGCCCCACAACCCCAUCCUCCCUUAGUCUCCACACGCAGCAGCCUGCCGAAACUAGUCAGGACGGUGAUACUCCGGAGAUUGGGUCAACGCCGUCCACCCCUUCUGAGAGCUACCCUAACACGCCCUCAGCGAUGUCAACAUGGACUAACUGGCCGAACCUGCCUGUGGGGUCAGGGAAGACUGAGCAGGGUCGCCCACACACUAUAUCGUCUGCGUAUGAGAAGUCCCAUUACUCCCGGCCAGCACUGUCUUCACAGCUUUUCCAGCCCCCUGGAUCACUGGAUGGUAUAGAUGGUAGUCAACCUGCCCCAGAGGCGGGGGCCAUCAAGCGAGAUCGGCCCCACAGUGUGAUGUCUGUGCCCUACUCCAGGCCUUCCGCCCAGAUCAACAAGAUGCAGCCCGUACUUCCUCCCCUCGGACCUAAACCAAAGUCCCGGGCUGUGGCUCCACCCAAAGUGCCACCCAUAGGUGAGCAGCCAGUGUAUGCCAAUCUGAGUGAGAUAUCUCCCCAGGGUACUAGCGUGGACUUGGAUAAGACACCAACAUCCCUGGAUCCUCCCAGCAUGGACAGUAAACCACUCGUGUUUGCCGAAAUCGAUCUUACCGAGGCAAUACGCGACCUUGACAAUUACACGGCUGCGCUGCAUGGCGACUUCACUCCCGGCGAUCGGAAAUCAAAGAUGGAGCAGAACACCCUGGAGUUAGCGGCAGCCAUCAAAGAGCUAGAGGCGAGCACCGCUGCCCUGGAGAAGGACACGCAAGCCAGCCAGUCCUCCCUCCACACACAGGCCAGCUCAUCCAGUGGGUACGGGACGAUGAACAGUACACCGGCAACAUCUGAGGACCCACUGGCUAGUGGAGAAUACCUCGACACAGGCCAGGCAGACUACGCCCGCGAGCAAAAGAAAUACAACACUAUCCCCCGAAAUAGCCCCGUCAUUAAGGCCGCUUUCCAGUUCAAGCGGCCUGCAUCAACCAUUAUAGGAAUGCCAAUGUCUGCCCAGCUGGCCCGGCGUAGCUCGAUGAAUGUCCCAAAGCCGCCGCCUCCAGUUCGUAGAUCAUCCUCGAUCUCGACUGCAUCCAACCCUGCAAUAUUACAGAAGUUUCGCAACUCCCCACCCCGCCAGUUAAACCAGUCUGCUGGCCCACCGCAGGUCAGCGCUAAGCCAAUCCACCAAGGACAGGGGAAUCACCGCAGAAGUCUUAGUGCUUGUGGCGGAUCAGAGCCAGAGCAUGCUUAUGCAGAGCUUACUGAGAUUCAAGCUAGCAUCCAAGCUCGUCAGCAGCAGGUGCAGGGGGGUCAGAUAUAUGCCCCAGGGCAGGUGCCUGGGCAGGUGCACCCUGGGAUGGGGUAUGGAGCCAUGUCUGCCCCAGCUACCCCACAGUAUGCUCAGCCAGUCAACCCUGUUCACCCUCAAACUACCACGAACAGUAAUAUAGUGAACAGUCUGAAUGCUAGGUUUGCAGCCAUGAACACAAACAUGGCACCACAGCAGUCAAAUAACAAUAGUUCUAGUGGUAAUAGUAUCUCUAUUCAGUCAAACUGUGUAGUAAGCAAUCCACAGAUGCAGAACUCUAAGUCAGCGUCAACAGCAGGGUUAGAUUUACCCGAUCUUCCACCACCGCCAUCAGAAGAUGAGCUGCGAGCGAUGGAUCAAAUCUACAGUGUGCCAAACCAAAACUUACAACAGACUCAAGCAUACAACACACAGAGUAUGGCUCACACAAACAGUGUACAAAUGAGGCAACCUCAAGCCCAGUAUCAGCAGCCUCAGCCUGUUAAUCCUGCGGGAACAGACGUUCGCACGUCCUUGAUUUCUGAAAUGAAGUCAGGAAAUAAGUUUCGGAAAAUGACUAACAGUGAGAGAGGAUCAGAAUGCUGAUUUUUAAUGUUGCCAUAGAAACAUUGCAAUAUAUAAUAGUCACUAUCUUGCUGCUUUAAUUGAUUUGUUUUAAAAUGAUUUUAACUUUCAUUUUAAGCUAACAUUUUUCUUUCUUUUGGUAGUGAUUAAUUUUAACUUUCUAUUUACAAGGAUUUUUUUAAAAUUCUGAUCUUGUUUUUCUCAAUAUUGUAAUGUGACUAUCACACUUUUUAGCAACAUAGUGAUAUUUUAAUAUUUAAAAUAUUUGAAACAAAUCAUCUCUGAUAUAUGAAUGAGCUGGGUGAUAUUUAUAUAGUGAGAUGUGAUAUUGUUUAGAGUUACUCAUAGUUAACUAUCAUACUUAAACUCUCUGUUUGAAAAAAGAAGACAAAAUUGGUCAUUAUUUUGUUGAAAUUUGAGUCUAAGACAUUGGGAUCAUUUGGUUCUAGUGACAUUACUGUGAAUUGAAUUCUUCAGAAAUAAGACUUGUGAAAACAAUAUCAUGUGACCCCUAUCAGGCAGUUCUGGGUAUUGUUGUUAAAGCAAUGAUUGUAAAUACAACAUGUAUAAUAUAUUUGUGCUCCUGGUGUUUAAUACAUUAGUUUUUGUAAAACUUUUGGCCGUACGCCCCAUUUUUGAGUUCCAGUUUGUUCAGUUGUUUGGAAAGAAAGCCCUUACAUUGUUAUGGAGCUAAACAUGGAAUAUGAUAUUGAAUGUCUGGUUCAAACGAGAUUAUUAAUGUUACAGUAUCAUCUCUAACAGAAUAUUUAUCUUGUCUGUAAAGAGAACAAAUCAGGGUAUUGUCGUUGCCUUGGUGUUGUCCGUGUUGUUGUCCAAUGACAUCUACCUUGUCCAUUACUAAGGGAACAUUCAAGAUAAUCACAUGAAACUUACAGAUUGCAUAUGUGAAGCAAGCCCCGUUACUCCGACUUUAUUUAUUGUUGAGAUAUUAUUCCUCUUGACGAACUGAAAACAGACGAGCGUUGGAACAAGCUUGUGGUGCUCUUGUAGUGUUUCUCUCGAGCAGUGAACAUUACUUGUGCACGUGAAGUGGUAUUAUCAUAAAAUAGCCAAGUACUAACUUUAUCGGAAAUAUCUUUUUGGUUUGUGAUCUCUUGAAACAAGUGAUAAGUUCUCUCAUUUAAACAGAAUCUCAAAUUUUGUAUGACCAUAAUACUAUAUUAUUCAAGCUUAAAAUUAUACGGAAAUUAUCAUCAUACGAUUGUGUGAGUCCAUUUUUUGCAUAAUGACAGACAUUGUGGCACGAUUUUGUUGUUUAAAAUUUUACUGUUUUAAAUUUUUACUUUGAGUGAAAUAUUGUUUGAAAAUACCAUAUAUAUUUUUCAUACCGCAUCUUUUUGGACAUUUGGCAUAGAUUCACCAUAUCAGCAUAUAUAUUUUGGGCAUAUCUUUUUUUUAAAUGGCAAACAUUAAACUUUGCUUUUUGCUUAAAUUUCAGAAUAUUUAAAUAACAACAUUUAAAAAUACACAAUUAAAUCACUGGCUCAGCAUCUUAUUUCACAAUUUCAAAACUAUUCAAUCGUUAAAAACAAUAAUCACAUUUAAACUAUUUUAUAGAAAAGAUUUACAUAAUUAUUUAUUUAAGAAUUAUGAUUGACAGAAAAGGUAGUUUACUGGUAAGUUUAAGUCAGACAGAAAUGAUUCAUCAAAUAAUAUUCUAGUCCUUGUUUGAAUAUAUUUAACCUAUAUGCCAUUAUUCCCCUUUGUCAACUUUUAAACCAUUAACUGGUACAGGAAUCUAAUUUUCAGAUAGUUUUUUAAGAAAAAAUGACAAUUUAGGUUAUUUCAUGGGAUUUUCACAAUGAUUGACAGAUGAUAGGAGGUGAUGAAGGAGUUCUGCCCAUUCUACAGACAUUGUGGAAAUGAACUUUUCUCAUUAUGCUGAUCGUAGCUAUGUAUGUGUUGAAUGUUCUAGCAUUUAAAAGUUCAAAGAAUAGUUCAUUAAGUAUUAAGUAAGUUAAAUACUGAAUGUAUAAAAACCACACAACUAUUUGAUAAUACGACAAAGAAAUAAUCUUAUUCUAAUGGUACUUGUAGAAUUGUUAAAAAUAAUGUUACCUUAAAUGUAGUCUUUCAUUUUUCUUUCAACAAAGUUGAUUUGUUUUAAGAAAUCCUUGUUAUAUGUGUAGUUUGGUUAGCUGGUGCAAAUUGUGCAAUGCCCAUAAACAUCCUCCUAUAAUCAUUGUACGCACAGGCCCCCAUCUCAUCAACGAAUGUAUCAUGCAUUCAGUGUUUCUGAUUGAUAUUUCUAUUUAGUAAUUAUAUCUAUUUCACAAAGAAUAGUUUGAUUAGUUGGUUCAAACAAAGUUGAUAUUGCACAUAAAAUGUUCUUAAUAAUCUCUAAACAAGUACAGCAUCCAGUGAAGUAAUAAUUUGGAAGGUAACAACAACGAAGUUAACAAUGUGGUUAACUCUAAUAAUGGUCUAAACAAUCGGCCAAACAUUGAACUGAAAAUCUUAAUCUUACCAUAGUUAGUUGUACACUCGUUAAUGAGGUGGUCCUACAGUCACCUGUCCAUGCAUCUUUCAUUGCAAUAACACAUUCACCCAUCUUUGGCUAGUUUUGCUGCAUAAUUUAAUACACAGGCACAGGGGAUUUGUUAUCACUUGACAGAGAGAAUUAUAGUCACUAUUGUUUACAUGAAUUGAAAUCCAUAGGUAUGAAUGAAUUAUAUUGAUAAAAAAGGUAUUGAGGAGCAUGUACUUUAUAUAAAUGUGUGCGCCAUUGGUUACAAUGUUAAAUGUAGAUACCUGUUGACCCAUAUAAUGGUGGUAUCAUUGGAAAGGGUGGUUACAUUGCUUACUGGGAAUUGAUAUGAAAACUUAGUGACUGCAAAAACAACAUUUAAGAUAAUGUUAUGGCAGUUUGUUUUUGGUUCUUUAUUGCAGCUGAAAUCGGAUAUGAAAUGUUUUUUCAAUUUUUUUUAGGUAAAAAAUGCUUGUUUGCAAUAUUUUAUACGGCUGCAAUAUUAACAUGUUCUUCACAUAUCCCUACACAAUAAACCCUUUUCAAUGGUACCACAAUAAUGGGGUCAGCUGGCAUAAACAAAUUCACAUUAUUGCACAUCCGAUACUUAUUUUGCUUCUUUUUGUGGAAAAAUGUCCUGACAAAGAUGUUGCCAAAUGUAUUUGCAAGGGAACCUCUCUAUUAUAUAUUAACGAUUUGAAAAGAUGGUUUAAAGUAUAUAUGCAAAAUAAAUGAGAUUGUACAUGAGUAUAGAUCCGGGAUGAUAAGGUUCAGGAUUGAUCUUGAAAUCAGGACAGAGCUUUCAAACUCAAUAUUUCAUACAGUUGUAAAGUUGUUGUUUUUUGCUGGACAAUUGUAUACAAAAUGGUAGGAGGUACUUUGAUAUGGAAGUUAACACUUUGGGAAACCAUGGUUACAAGUGUUACAGGUGUCUGAGCACCUUUUCCCUGUGAAUGACCAGAGUCCCUCAUAACAAAGUUAAAUGCUUAAUAUGCUUAAUAUCUUAUGGACUGGUAUACUUGGUCUGUUAUCAUCUCUGGCACAUGUACAUGUACCUGUACGCAUUUUCCCCAUUAUAGACCUGCUGUCCCCACCCAAAGUUAUGUGUGCAUAUUCAUUGAUGAAAUGAGUCAGUCUGUCAGUCAAUUGUGUGUUUGACAUGUAUCUUGUCAGAGGAACUACAUAUAAUUCAGUUCUGAAGUCAUCUGUAUUUAUAAUAAACAUGCUUUAAUAACAACUGUAUUACAAGACCCUUGCGGAGGGCAAUCAUUGUAAAUAAACACGAAAUGGAAGAA